AUGUCUUUAAAUCAUUCAAAACGUUCACUACAAUCAUCGUCAAAUUCUGAUACAUCGCCUAUUAAGAAGAAAACUAAAAUUGCAUUAAAAAGAAAUUUUAAACAUUCACCAUCAUCAUCAUCAUCGUCAAGUGAUGAGAUCGACAUUCCAGUGUCUUCAGCUAUUCGUCGAAAUAUUUCUACGUCGUCACAAGAACGAACAUCAACAUCAUUACCUAAACGUAUCGAAGCAUCCCCGCCAUCACCACCACCACCACAAGUACCACAAACCACAAGUCGCAUUCAAAUUCAACGUUCAUCGUCGUCGUCAUCACAUGAUUCGAAUGGAAGUGAUGAAAUUGUCACAAAACGUACUAGACAACGAAGAAAAAAACCAACGCCUUCAAAUGAACGUUCAACUAUUUUAAAACAAAUGAAACGUAAAACACAAGAAAGAAAAAAUUCAGCUACGUCAACAACAACGACUACUACGAUUACUGAUAAUAAUAAUAAUAUGAAGCAUAACGAUAGCACCAAUAGUCUAAAUGGAGUACAAAAGAAAUGUUCAUUUCAAUUUAGUGAUGAUGAAGACGAUCCUACUAAUGAUAGUAAAGAAGAUAUCAAACCUCAUUUUACCACAACAACAACUACUACCAAGAAUAAUAAUAUUAAAAAUGAUAUUGACGAUGGUGACACAACUGAAAGUUAUGAAGUUGAAGAUGACAAAAAAGAGAAUCAUAAUAGUAUAAAUCGUAAUAUUAAAAAUGAAUAUGAUGAUGAUGAUGAUGAUGAUGAAGAAGAAGAUGAUAGUUCACCGACAAAACGAAAAGGUGGCCAAAGUGGUCGAAAAAAUAUCCGAAAAAUUAUCGAUGAUAAAGAAUUAGACAGUCAAACGAAACAAGCUGUUGAAGUUGAAUUAGAACGUCGAAGACGUAUAGCAGAAAAACAGAAAGAGUAUAAUGAUAGUUUACUCGAAAAAUCCACGUAUGUCGAAACUGUGCAAAAUGAACAAGUAAAUAAUGCAAAUCGUCGUUUAAUUCUUGAAUUAAACAAUGAAACAAACGAACCAUUGAUUGAAGUUUCACCCAAAUUAGUUAAACAAUUAAAACCUCAUCAAUGUGAUGGUAUCAGAUUUUUAUGGAAUAACGUAUUUGAAUCACUUGAAGCAAUCGAAAAUAAAAAACAAGGAAAUGGCUGUAUUUUAGCUCAUUGUAUGGGUUUAGGAAAAACUUUACAAGUUAUUAGUUUUAUUCAUACAAUUUUUAAUUAUGAUAAAUUAACUAACGUUCGAACAUGCCUCGUUCUAUGUCCAAUUAAUGCUGCACUCAAUUGGACUAAUGAAUUUGAAUAUUGGUUAAAUGAUGUUGAACCACCUGUUGAUAAUUAUCAAUUGACUACAAUAAAAGCAAAUUUACGUGUUACACAUUUGAAUUAUUGGUAUGAACAUGGUGGUGUUAUGAUUAUGGGUUAUGAAAUGUAUAGAAGAUUAGCAAAUGGUUUUGGUUUAAAAAGUAAAAAAAUUAAAGCACAAGCAUACAAAUGUCUUGUUGAUCCGGGACCAGAUAUCAUAGUUGCUGAUGAAGGACAUAUAUUAAAAAAUUCUCAAACAGCUCUUGCUAAAUGUUUAACAAAAAUAAAAACAUAUCGUCGUAUUGUUUUAACUGGUACACCAUUACAAAACAAUCUCAUUGAAUAUUAUUGCAUGGUUUCAUUUAUAAAACCAAAUCUACUUGGUAGUCAACAAGAAUAUGUAAAUCGUUUCGUUAAUCCAAUUCAAAAUGGUCAACAUCGAGAUUCGAAUGAAGCCGAUGUUCGUUUGAUGAAACGACGUGCUUGCGUUUUACAUGAAUUGCUAACAGGUUUUAUUGAUCGAAAAGAUUAUGGACUAUUAAGAGAUUAUUUACCACCGAAAUUUGAAUACAUAAUUAAUAUACGUUUAAGCGAUUUGCAAACAACAUUAUAUGAUUCAUAUUUGAAACGGCAAGGAAAUCUACUACAACAGCAACAAAAUCCAGCGACAGCGAAAAAAGACUUUAAAUCAGUUAAAUUAUUUGCUGAUUAUCAAUAUUUACAAAAGAUUUGGACACAUCCAUUUUUACUUUAUCCACAUUUUAUUGAUCAUUGGAAAAAACGAUUAAAUAAAGAAGCAGAUGAUUUUCUUGACGAUAGUGAAUUUGAAACUAUGUUCACUGAUGAAGAAGAUGAAGAAAUGGAAGAACAGAAAAAAACCAAAAAGAAAUCAACCAAAAAAGAAAAUGAAAAAGAAAAAAAAAAGGGUAAAAAGAAAACUUUUAGUGGCUUUUUAAUUGACAAUGUUGGUGACGAAGAUGAAGAAGGUGAAAUAUCAGCAAAUAAUCAUGAAAAUUCGAAAUCACAAAAACGUACAGUUUCUAAAUCAUCCAAUUGUUCUUCUGUAACAACUGUUGAAUCAGGUUCCUAUGAAGACGACGAUGGGUCCAUUGAUGGGUUGGAUUCAGAUGUAAAAUUUAAAUCAGGCGAUGGCAAUGAAGAUACUAAUCAACAAGUUGAAAUAGUGAAAAAUUAUCGAACUCGAAGUCGAACAGCAGCUAAAAUUAAAGAAAAACAGCAUUCGUCAAAAACUGCCAAUGGAAAAAAUCUAAAUUUAGCAGUGUUUGAUACUGGCAACGAUAAUGUGCCUACAAACGAAUCAACUGAUGAUGAUGAUGAUCAAAAAGAGAAUCCUGAUGAGCCAUGGUUAAAUGAUAUGCGUGAACAAUUUUGGUUUCCAUUCUUAGAUAUGUUACCAGAUGAAAGUGAAUUUGAUACAUAUUUAGGUGGAAAAAUAGUUCUACUGAAAGCAAUUCUCGAUAAAUGUGCCGAAAUCGGUGAUAAAAUUCUUCUUUUUUCACGUAGCUUAUAUGCAUUAAAUUAUAUCGAAAGAUUUUUAUAUUAUUUACAAAAACAAAAUGAAGAAGAAUACAGAAUAGAAUGCGAAUCAAGAAGACAACUACGUCAAAUGCUCGCUUCAAAUGGGACUCAUGAUGAUAAUAAUAUAUGUGGAUAUGUACCGAAACCAGUUGAAUGGAUACGUGAUCAAGAUUAUUUUCGAAUGGAUGGUCAAACAGAUGUAACAUUAAGAAAACGUUAUGCUAAAGAAUUUAACGAUGAAAGCAAUUUACGUGCAAGAUUAUUUCUCAUAUCGACAUUAGCCGGUGGAAUUGGAAUUAAUUUAGUUGGCAGUAAUAGAGUUAUUGUAUUUGAUGCAAGUUGGAAUCCAAGUCAUGAUACACAAGCAAUAUUUCGAUCUUAUCGUUUUGGUCAAAAGAAACCCGUGUAUAUCUAUCGAUUUUUGGCUCAAGGUACGAUGGAAGAAAAAAUCUAUCAACGACAAGUUGUCAAACAAUCAUUAUCUCAACGUGUUAUUGAUGAUCAUCAAUUGGAUCGUCAUUUUACUGAAAACGACAUAAAAGAAUUAUAUAAAUUUACACCUGAACAACUACCUGAAGCACGUCAAAUAUCAACAACAGACUUUAAUUAUGCUAUACCAAAAGAUCAUUUAUUACUUGAUCUACUCUAUGAACAUAAUCGAUGGAUUCAUUCGUAUCAUUCGCAUGAUUCAUUAUUAGAGAAUAAACUUGACGAAGGUCUUACUGAAGAAGAACGCCGUAAAGCUCUUGAAGAAUACGAAAAUUUAAAACGUUUGCCCGAUGCUCGCCAAUUAGCUGCACAACGAUUACAAAAUCAACAAUUAGCAGCAGCACCUAUGGCUCAAAUUCCACAACUUCAGCAAAUGUAUUUAGAAUUUCUUCGAUCGAUGUCAUCGGAUGAUCAGCAAAAUCUUGAUUAUUCAAAAAUACUUCAAUAUGCAUAUGAAUUUGGUCUUGGUCAACAAACAACGGAUACUCAAACAACAACUACGUCAGAUUCAAAUAAAGUUCCAAAAACUUCAACUGAUACGAAUGACGUUGUUCUUUUAGAAAGUGAUGAUGAUUCAACUGCCAAAGCAGAAUAA